CUUCAAGUGUGUCAGCUGUAGUCUGUAUUCUCAAUUAUUAUCUAUAGUAUAUACUGUCUGCCUUCUGCACAGUAGAUUUUUCAUCGUCGAAAAUUUUUGUGUUUGAUUAUCAAAAAGGAAUUAAAGAUGGCUGGUGCGAUUCCAAAGCCCCAAUUGAAACGACUUUUGGAAGCCAAAAUUAAGGCCAGUUUGGUCGGAGCUGUCGCAGUAACAGCUCUUUCUGGAGUUUUGUGGUAUGGUCUAGUCAUGGCUCCUAGGAAAAAAGCAUAUGCUGAUUUUUAUAAAACAUAUGAUGCAGAAAAGCAGCUUAAAAUUAUGUGCGAUGCUGGUCUCAUGCAAUCUUGCGGUCCCAAUUAAUAUUAUUUAUCCGAAUGUAAAUAUAUAGUGAAAUGUAAUAUUGUUUUACAAUUUUGAUUAUUUUGCUAGAUUCAAUGUCGAUUAAGGUUGUCAAAUAAUGAACAGGACAACAUGUUAAUUAUUGAUACAAAUAAAAAUAUUUAAGCUUCA